ACGUGAGUCGUGCCCACCCAAUCAAAAUGUCGGUGUUCUGUUAUGCAUAAAAGAUUGAUGGGUUUUGUGAUUGACUACCUGAGUUUUAUUGCUUUUACGUCUUAUUAGCAUCAUCUAGUGGACGCCUCGAUUUACUGCAUCUCAUGCGCACUUUAUUUGAAAGAAACUGCAACACGGAAGUGACGUUAUUCAGUAGAGAUUAACAGGAUGACGGCCGCAGUCAGUUCCCGCCGUCUCUGUGACCACUUUGCCUUGAAUUUGAGGUUGCAUCGCCGGCCAUAUGUCAGACCAGGGGCGCAAAUGGAAUCCACGAGGAGCGUCAUGAUGGAGGAAGGCAUGUGUCGCCGAAACACGAAGAGCAGAGCCGUUCUUUCAAGAACUACGGCAGGCCAGUACUGCAUGUACCUGGCGUUAUGUUUGCUGUGCGCUGCGGUAUUUGGGUUGGUGUUGCUAUUGCUCCGACGGGGAUGUCCCCAAUCACCUGCACCUGACUCUAAGUCUGAGGUGCAUGUAGACGGUACUUCAUCAGCCCUCAGACAUUCACAGAAGGAUGAAUACCAGAGUGCUCUGCUAACAGCUCCUUUUGGCAAUAAGACAAAUGGAAAAUAUCUUCUAUGGGAAAGUAAGAAGGGAAACGCUUAUUGCCAUGGGGGCAUCCUCUACUCCAAUGGAAACCUGGUCCUUCCCAGUAAAGGUGUCUACAGAGUCUUUCUGCAGAUUACCUACGAGAGUAAUGGCGACUUCACGUGUGAAGGUUUUGUGAAACUCGUCAACAAGGUGUUCCUUUACCGUGUUACUUAUACCAAGGAUGUGCCUCUCCUGGCCUCUGUGGACACAGUAAGCUGCAGCACAAACCAGUGGAGUAAAUCCCUACAUACGAGUGGCAUCUUUGAUUUGGAAGCAAACAGCACACUGCGAGUGACGUCGGAACACGUCAACCUCAUUUCAUCGAAAGAAUAUUUGGUGUUUUUUGGAGCUGAACUGAUUUAGUGUGCUGGUUAAGAUUAAUCAAAUGCAGCUUUGUAGCCUGCAUUAUUAGGCAUUGUGUCGUGUAGAGAUAUUUGUUCCUAUAUGAUUGUUCAUUGUACUUUGUAUAUUCAUUUCUAUAUCAUUUUGAACUGGAAAAGAGUUGCACAGCUGUCAGCUUCUUCUCUGAAGCAAGGUCACUUACAGAUAACACAGCUGCCUUGUAAAAUUCCAAUUCUUGUUCGCCACUCAAUGGGUUAACAUGGGGGCCUCCCUAUUUGCAUUGGAAAUAACAAAAAAAGUGUAUGCAUUGAGAGUUGGGGGCAGAUAUUCUCGAAGCCGUCUGGGUGGGGCUCUCGGGGACAUACAGUAUUUCCUGGCUGGCCAGCUUUUAAUUAUUCUUCCCUUAAUAUAUGUAUUAUCUUAGGUGAUUAUUGCUUUCUCUUUGUUCCUGAACUGUGUGUUAUCAUCUCCUGUUUAAUAAGAGAAUAAAAAACCUGUAAAAUGAGACAAUUGUACAAAUAUUCUGUGCACUGUUGACAAAACAAUGCUGAUACAAAUAUUUCAACUUUACAAUUUCAGGAUAUUGUUAUUCAUGUGUUGCUUCUAUUACAAGUUGAAAAACUCGUUUGUUGGCUUCUAAUCAUUAUCAUUUGCAAAGCGGAAGAACUGAUGUCUUUGAAAGUGCUGAUAGAGUAGGUAGAAUCUCUGGCAACUGUAGGCUUAUAAAAACUUUUAUACCCUAUGCUAUUAGCAUCUUGAACUCUGUAAAGUUUUAACAUAUCAAUAUUUCCUGUCUUUUAACAA